AUGGCAGUAAAGUCGCGGUUCACGCGGCUUGACGCCUUCACAAAAACCGUCGAAGAUGCCCGGGUACGCACCACAUCGGGUGGCAUUGUUACGAUAGCUUCGAUUGUGAUAAUAAUAUAUCUCAUAUUGGGUGAAUGGGCGGACUACAGAAAAAUCUUGGUGCAACCGGAGUUGAUUGUGGAUAAAGGCAGAGGAGAGAAGAUGGAGAUACAUCUUAACAUCACCUUUCCUCGAAUACCUUGCGAACUCCUUACGCUCGACGUCAUGGAUGUGUCUGGCGAACAACAGACUGGCGUGGUGCAUGGGGUAAACAAAGUGAGGCUGUCGAACUACAAGGAAGGCUCGAGGGUGAUCGACACCACUGCCCUUGUUCUACAUGAACAGGACACAGCGACGCAUCUCGACCCAGACUACUGUGGCUCGUGUUAUUCGGCACCUGCGCCGCCAAAUGCGAAGAAGCCUGGGUGCUGCAACACCUGUGACGAUGUCCGCGAAGCAUAUGCUGCAAACAGCUGGGCCUUCGGACGAGGUGAAGGUGUCGAGCAAUGUGAGCGGGAAGGCUAUGGCGAACGUCUAGACGCUCAGAGGCAAGAGGGUUGCAGGAUCGAAGGUGUCAUCCGCGUCAACAAGGUGGUUGGUAACUUUCACAUUGCACCAGGACGCAGUUUCAGCAACGGGAACAUGCAUGUACACGACCUCAACAACUACUUUGACUCUCCCGUUGAGGGUGGACAUACCUUCACCCACGAGAUACAUUCGCUACGCUUCGGACCACAAUUGCCGGACGAGACGGCUGCGAAAUGGAGUGAUCACCACCACUCAAAUCCGCUGGAUGGCCACAGGCAGGAUACCGACGAUGUGGCGUACAAUUUCAUGUACUUCAUCAAGGUGGUUUCUACGUCUUACCUACCUUUGGGCUGGGACGAGGACCGGAGCAUGAAACACCACUCAAGCUUGAGCGAUCUGAUCCCCUUGGGCAUGCAAGGGCGCGGGGCAGGCAGUCAGGGCAGUAUCGAGACGCAUCAAUACUCUGUCACAAGCCACAAGAGGUCCUUGAGUGGAGGUUCUGAUGCAGCCGAGGGUCACAAGGAACGAUUACAUGCUCAUGGUGGAAUACCAGGAGUAUUUUUCAGCUAUGAUAUCAGUCCAAUGAGGGUGAUCAACAGAGAGAUCAGGCCAAAGACCUUUGCCAGUUUCUUGACUGGUGUUUGUGCUGUUAUUGGUGGCACGUUGACAGUCGCCGCGGCCAUCGACCGAGGUCUAUACGAAGGAAGCUCGAGGUUGAAAAAAAUGCAUCAGGGUUAG